CAAAGACGUGCGCCGCGUAGCCCCGCCCCUAUAUAAGGGGCGGCCUUCGCGCAGCCCCCGGAGCGCGGCCGCCGCCUCUGCUUCAGCCGUUCCGCGGAGCUGGCACCAUGGCAGACCAGUCUUUUGUGACUCUAGCCACAAAUGACUCCUAUGUGAAAGGAGCACUGGUACUUGGUUCAUCCUUGCAACAGUACAGAACAACAAGGAAGCUGACUGCACUCAUAACUCCUCAGGUCUCAGAUCUUAUGAGGAGAGUGCUGGAAAAAGUCUUUGAUGAAGUCAUAUUGGUAAACGUCUUGGAUAGUGGGGAUUCAGCACACUUGGCGUUAAUGAAAAGACCUGAGCUGGGUGUCACACUAACAAAGCUUCACUGCUGGGAACUGACACAGUUUUCAAAAUGCGUUUUCAUGGAUGCAGACACAAUGGUUUUGUCAAAUAUCGACGAGCUUUUUGAGAGAGAAGAGCUGUCUGCAGCACCAGACCCAGGCUGGCCUGACUGUUUUAAUUCUGGAGUUUUUGUUUACCGACCUUCCAUUGAAACAUACAAUCAGCUGUUACAGUUUGCCACAGAAAAAGGCAGCUUUGAUGGUGCAGAUCAGGGGUUAUUAAACACCUUCUUCAGCAGCUGGGCAACAACAGACAUGAGCAAACAUCUACCAUUUAUUUAUAAUUUGAGCAGCACUUCUGUAUAUUCCUACCUUCCAGCAUUUAAAGCGUUUGGUGCAAAUACUAAAGUGGUGCAUUUUCUGGGAAGCACAAAGCCAUGGAACUAUACAUAUGACUCCAGAACAAAAAGCAUAAAAGGCAACAUGGACGACCCUAAAAUAGUUCACCCAGAAUUCCUCAAAAUGUGGUGGGAUACCUAUACAGCUAAUGUUUUACCAUUACUAGAACAGCAUGGAAUUGUUAAAGAAAUUACUACAGGUGUAAACAUGCUAUCGGGCUUGGUCUAUACUCUGGCUUUCUCUUGUGGCUUCUGUAGAGAGGCAGAGAUUACAGAGGGAGUGUCCCACAUAUCAAUAUCAGCACCAUCACCAGCAUUACCAACUGUAUCUUCAGAAGAACGCAAGGAACGGUGGGAACAGGGCCAAGCUGACUAUAUGGGAGUGGAUUCCUUUGACAACAUCAAGAAGAAACUUGAUACCUACCUUCAGUAGAAAUGCCUGUCUCAAACAGUGGUGAUGCAAGGACUUGUUCCAGAACUAACAGCUAGAAAGGUGUAGAUGGUGGUCAGUUACACUUGCUAGUAGCUUGAUGAAAAACUUCUUGGCUGAAGGCCGCUGCAGUGCUACAGAUGAAGAAUGAGCAAAAGCUAGGAAGCAGAAUUCCUUGGGCCACCUAUAACUGCCCAAUUUCCAAUUCUCCCUACUAGAUAAAACCAGGUAUUUUCAGCUUAAAUUUUUUUCUGUUGUGAUCAAUUGGCUCAACAUAUUCCUUGAAACUGGGUUUGUUACCUCACCUCAUUAAGGUGAUUAGCAUUGAUUCCUUUGCUUGCUGUUUUAGAUGUAAAAUCUAAUUCAUGGGAUUGCUCAUACACUAGAGUGGUAGCCAUUCUGCUUUACCAUAAAUGUUUUAAUGACACUGGGAUACAUACAGAUGUAACAGUAAUAGCACUGCUUUGCUCUUCCAGUCACAAUUGCACUGAAGUUUUGACCAGGUUCUUACGCACAGUGCCUACAGCAUGGCAGAAUGCAUUUUUCAGUUCUGUAUACUAUGGGACUAGUAAACUGAGUUUUAUCUGUUACUUGCAAUGUUGCACUUGAUACAAAAAUAAAAAGUUGUCAUGCA